CACAUAUAUUUAUUAACCCAAUAUAGGGAUUUUAUUCGUAUAUUAUUGAUAUCUAUAUUACGUUACGAAAUUAAGUGAAUGGAAAUAAACAAAUCAAAUUGUGUGAUAUAUAAUACAAUAAAUCAUUUCAAUUAAUCUAUAGUGAUAAAAAUGUUGAUAAGGAAUUAAAAAAUAAUAAAAAUGGCAGAAUUAAUAACGAAUUUAAAAGUGGUAAAAAAUAAAAUUACUAUUGCUUCUGCUAAAAGAUUACCAGAGUAUAAAUAUUUUGAACCACGUUUGGUAGCUGUAAGUAAAUUAAAACCAGUUGAAUUAAUUGUUGAUGCUUAUAAAGCUGGUCAAAGACAUUUUGGAGAAAAUUAUAUUAAUGAAUUAUUAGAAAAAGGAAACGAUCCAAUUAUUUUGGAAACAUGUACAAAUAUACAUUGGCAUUUUAUUGGUCAUCUUCAACGAAAUAAAGUAAAUAAGUUAUUGAGUGUUCCCAAUUUAUAUAUAAUUGAAACAAUAGAUAGUGAAAAACUUGCAUCAGCAGUAAAUACUUCUUGGAUUAAUUAUAGGAAAGAUGAAAAUUUAAAAUUAAAAGUGAUGGUACAAGUUAAUACUAGUAAAGAGCAAGAAAAGAAUGGUUGUGAAAUUACAAAUGUUUGUCCUCUUGUUCAGCAUAUUAUUGCUAAUUGUAAGAAUUUAGAAUUUAUAGGUCUUAUGACAAUAGGUAUGUUUGGAUAUGAUUGCAGUAAAGAACCAAAUCCUGAUUUUUUAUGUUUAAAAGAAUGCAGAGAAAAUGUUUCAAAAGAAUUAAAUAUUGAUUUAAAACAAAUUGAAUUAUCAAUGGGAAUGUCAAAUGAUUAUGAACAUGCGGUGGAAUUAGGAAGUACCAAUGUUAGAGUUGGUACUGCCAUAUUUGGAGAAAGACCAAAAAAGAAUAUUUAAUGAAAUUAUAUUUUCAUUGUAUAUUAUGACGUAUAGAAAUACAAAAAUAUACAUAAAAUAUGUCUUAAUAAAUAGAAAGCUUUCUAUAGUGAUAGAGGAUGAGGAAAGACAAAUAUGUAUUUCUAUAUUCAUUUUAUUUCCAAUCAUGAGACUAUGUGACUGCUCAUACGAUUAUAUGCAUGUUUAUUCAAAAUUAUCAAGAAAUCGAAAUUGUUAUCUCAAAAUUGACAAAAAAAAAAAAAUGCGUUUGAUUGCAAUGGAAGUAUAGUCGUUAUUUUAUUAUCACGACUUUCUACGUGAAAAUCUUAAUAUUUUCGAUGACGCUAAAUUCAAAUCAAUAAUAUCUCUGUGCUAAACUAUUCAAGAAUUAUUCGCAGAUGAGAUAUAGAAUAGAUCUAACAUUUAAUAAUGUUUUGUGU